AUGCGCGGAUCCGGAUGCUGAUAAAUCAACACUACAAAGCUUUCUCACACUAGAACCCUAGUACUGCGCUGGUCGCUGGUUAUACGGUGCACAUCUGUGAGUAUACUAACUUCUUUAGGUAUGACUACUUGGGCAUCUGUAUCGCCGACCGGCUCGUAGAUAUAAUCCGAUAAACCGCCGCGCACCACUCCCACUUACUCGCAAUUCAGACAUCUCCACGAACCUUGGACCAUGGCAGCAGAGCCGUAUCCCGCUCUUGUCGUCCCGGCCGUCGGGAAGCAUACGGCGACUGUUGUCUUCGUGCAUGGCUUAGGUGAUUCGGGCCAAGGAUGGAAAGAUGCUGCAGAGACACUGGGAAAGAAUCCUUCUCUGCAGCACAUCAAAUGGAUCCUUCCUCAUGCGCAGAGCAGGCCUGUGACCGUCAGUAACGGCAAGGAAAUACCCGCCUGGUUCGACAUCUGUCUGCAUGCUUUGAAGGGGUCUGAAGAACAGCACGAGCACGUCCAAGUGACCCCAUCGGGCGAACAGAAGAUAUCAUGUAAUGGAUUCGAAGAUCGUGAGGGAAUACUGCGAUCCGUGCAGAUCCUCAACGAUAUCAUCAAGCAGGAAAUUGAAAGUGGACUGGAUGCAGGAAGGAUCGUAUUGGGAGGAUUCAGCCAAGGGGGCGUUUUGUCGCUCCUGACUGGGCUGACAACGGAUCAUAAAUUAGGAGGUGUGAUCGCACUGAGCGCGUUACUGCAUCUUCAGAAAGAGCUCAAGGAUAUGAUCACUCAACACACACGUUCUCUACCAAUCCUCUGGGCCUUCGGGGAUGUAGAUCCGCUCGUGCCCAUCAAAGUGGUAGAUCAAUCUGUCGAUUUCCUCACGAGUUUUGGGAUUCCCCGCUUAAGACGGGAAGAACUCGGAAAGCCUGGUGUUGCUUUCGUGACCUAUACUGGACUUGGACAUUCUUCCUCUGAAGACGAGUUGCGCGACAUGGGAGAAUUCAUGAGCCGUGUUGUUCCUGCGGAUACUGUCUAGUAGAGGGGUUGGUGACAAUUACUGCAGACUUCAGUGUACCUUAUAGGACGUAGUAGAACAGCAUGUAAGUUUUCCAGAUUAACGCAACAUAUUAGUGGUACAGGCUCUGGAUGAGUAUGACUGCGGCCGCCAGCGAAGCUCGUUUCCAAG